CGACAAUUUCACUGUGAGGUGGGGCAAAUAAAUGGCAGACUGGUGGGUCCCACCCUUUACUUAUAUUGAGGUGCGGAUCCCUGUAUAACAAAGGACAGACUAAAGACUUUGCCCCCUUAGUCAUGAUGGUGAUUGGUCACAGUGGACAGAUGGGACUGUGGAUGUUGACACAAAUAAUUUUGGUGUGUGUAUAAAUUUGUGAGGUUCAAACCUCAAACUUCAAAAGGGGUAGUGUGUUGCAGAGGGGGAGAAAAUAAUGGCAGGGUUCAAGCAUCUUGUUGUUGUUAAGUUCAAGGAAGAUGUGGUGGUGGAGGAGAUUUUGAAAGGAAUGGAAAAGCUAGUUUCAGAGGUUGAUGCUGUCAAGUCCUUUGAAUGGGGUCAAGACAUAGAAGGUCAAGAGAUGCUCAGACAAGGAUUUACCCAUGCGUUCUUGAUGACAUUCGACAAGAAAGAAGACUACACAGCGUUUGUCAGCCAUCCUAGUCACAUUGAAUUCUCUGCUACAUUUUCAACAGCCAUUGACAAGAUUGUGCUGCUUGAUUUUCCAUCUGUUCUAGCAAAGGCUCCAGCAUGAUCCUGCAAGAUCUUUCAACAAUUAAAAAAAAAAAAAAGCUACCCAGGAAAUUAGUAUUGACGGUUUAUUAUGCCGAUCUCUCUUGUAUUUAUGCAUCUAUGUUUUAUUGCUUGUCAUUGCUACCAAUUUCCAAAAAGAAAAUCUCAAUUUGUAUUAUUUAUAUGCAUCAAAGACAUUUAGCUUGCUGAUGAAUGGACUGAGGAACCAUAAAAUCCUUUUCACAGCAGUAUUUUUUUUAGCCUUACUAGUAAUAUAUAUG